AUGUGCUCAGCUUGUGACAACCCAUGCAACACCGCAUCGCCGCCGCCUCCGCCGCCGCCAACUCCGACCAACAUCUGCCCCCCACCACCGUCUCCUCCCAGCUCCGGCGGCAACUACUACAACUCCCCUCCGCCGCCGCCGCCUACAUCGUCAUACUACUACCAACCGCCGCCCUCCGGCGGCUUCUACAAGCCUCCGCCGCAGGUCCCCAGCGGCCCGACGCCGCCGCCGCCCAACCCUAUUGUCCCUUACUUCCCAUACUAUUACCACAUCCCACCACCAUCUUCAUCGCCAUUCAAGAAAAUCCCCUUGGCUUUCUCUCUCAUCACUCUGCUUCUCACUAGCAUCUUUUACUAG